UUCUUGUGUCGUCAUCGGGAAGUGACUCGUGCAGUCGAGUUUGUCAACACACUCGAAAGAAAUUCACUUGCAAGAAGAAGCAAAGUAUUUCCGUCCUAUGCAUAUGAAGUGACAAAUUAAAACAGCCUUGUGAGAUUUUUUUAAAUGUUCACGCGCGCUCUUUUAAGGAUACAAUGCUGCUUUUUUUUACUUUAACAUGUCUGCCGACGUUUGGACAAGCUUCACUGCCGCUGGUUAUCAAUACUUGGGGCUUCAAGAAUGCGACGGCUGCUGCAUGGACGGUCCUGCAGUCCGGCGGCUCGGCGCUGGACGCCGUGGAAAAGGGCUGCGGGCGCUGCCAACGAGAGCAGUGCGGCGGUAGCGUGGGCUACGGCGGCAGCCCGGACGAGAACGGAGAGACUACGCUGGAUGCCAUGAUAAUGAACGGCAACACAAUGGAGGUGGGCGCCGUGGCCGACCUGAAGAGAAUCAAGAACGCCAUCGGCGUGGCGAGGGCAGUGAUGGAGCGCACGGAGCACACCAUGCUGGUGGGCGAGUCAGCGUCGGUGUUCGCGGAAAACAUGGGCUUCGCCGCGGAGGACCUGACCACCGCCAAGUCGCUGGAGAUUUUCACCCAGUGGCUGAAGGGCAGCUGCCAACCUAAUUACAGAAAGAACGUUUCUCCAGAUCCCUCCAAAUUGUGUCAUCCCUACAAGCCUCUUGCGGAGCUGAGGCCGAAAGAGCGACGACUCUCUGCUAAUAUUCGCUCUCACGACACCAUAGGUAUGAUUGCCUUUGACCGAUACGGUCACCUGGCUGUGGGGACGUCCACUAAUGGGCUCAAUCAUAAAGUUCCAGGUCGAGUUGGUGAUUCCCCUAUCGCCGGGGCGGGAGGGUACGCUGACGCAUCGGCCGGAGCCGCCGCCGCGACCGGAGACGGGGACGUUAUGAUGCGAUUCCUGCCCAGUUACUUGGCGGUGGAGCUGAUGAGGGCCGGGACGGAUCCCUCGGCAGCCUGCGAGACGGCCAUUUCCAGGAUUAAAAGGCAUUACGCGCACUUCUUCGGGGCGAUCAUCUGCGCUAACGCGACGGGCCAUUAUGGUGCCGCUUGUAACAAAGUGCCCGGCUUGUUGCAGUUUCACUACAUGGUGGCAGACGGCGGGUCUGACGCGCCGCUUCUCAAGUCGGUGGACUGCUUUUAAUUUUUCACAUUUUUUUUUUAAACUCAAAACUAUUUGGAG